UCACUUUCCACCCCCGUCGGUUACGGUCACUAGUUAACAGAGUGAAGGCUGGGCGCUGGAGGACGGCUCGUUAAUCUCCCAGAAGCGCGAGCCCUGUCGGUAACGGAGGCGAGAGCCGGAGAAUGAGAGCGCGAGCACUGCAGUAAUGAUGCGUUUUAUCCUGGACUGCCUGAGGACACCGCGAGCGACAAACCCGAAGGAUGAAGGGGACACAGACGUCGUGGAAACUGACGAGAGAGCCCUCGCCAAGGCAGCCGAGAUCAGAGAGCUGGAGAAUGCAGUUACGGUGGAGAACUUGGAGCUUCAGGAGCAGCAGUCGGACCGUAAGGAGCUGGAGGAGACUCUGGUUAAAUUAGAGAAACACAAAGAGAAGCUGAUAGAACAAAUAAAGGCAACUAGACAGCUCUGCUAUGAAGAGAGUCAACAGAUCCUGUCUCUGCAGGCGGACGAGGUGCAGAAGGAGAGCCAGGUGGAGGAGUAUGAGAGGGAGCUUGCCAGAGCCAGGUGGAGGCUUAGGAAGCUGAGAGAAGAGGUGAAGCAGGCCAAGAGGAAGGUGGAGGAGGCUGGAGAGAGGAACACUCCUCUGCAAGACUCCAUCAGGCAGUCCUAUGAAGAGAUCCUGCAGGAGGAACACACUCUGUGUUCGCUGUCAGGAAGUGCAGUCACUCCAGAAAGCCAGCUGGAGGAGUCAGCAUCUCCCGCAGACACCACUGAAGAUGAUCCGCUUCCUAUGAGGCCAUGGGGAAGGAGCCAAUCACUGCCCGCCUAUGCUGACCUGAUAAUGAGGGCCAGUGGCUCGUCUUUCUGCAAUAAUCUAGCAGACACCAGAGAAGAAGUAGAUGACAGUGGGACCAGCUCACCAAGGAUAGACAGAUCUGACAUAGAGGAUGACCCAGAGGAGGUGGAGAUCAACAACAGAGGAGAAAAUGAGAAAGAGAAGGAAGAGUCCACUAUAAACCCAAACCCUCUCAGCCAACUGGAUUUCUACCAAGCUGACCCCUUCGACCACGACCUCUUCAAUGAAGACUUGUUCCCUAAAACUGACUCAUCUGAUGGAUUCGCUUCAGACCCUUUCAAAGGCAGUGAUCCGUUUGCAGCAGAUAUUUUGUUCCCAGAGGCGACCAUCGGCACUGAUGGAGGGGCGGGAAAUGUUGGGGAUGAGGCAGACACCAGUCUCUCCUGUGCUGAAAACAAAGCCUCAACAGGAACUCAGUGCUUUGAGUCUGAAUUCCCCGACGAAGACAGCGACAUAGAGAUCAGCUACAGCCGAGAGGACCUGGACGCCAUCGCUGUAGUUGAUGAUUCUCGUGGAUUUAAACCCAUUCAGAGCUCAUCGGAGGAGCUGGGGCUGGAUCCCAUCCAGGGCUGGAGGUCCCAGGGUCAGUAUUCUGUAGAAUCAGACCCUAAUGGGUAUGAGCUGGACCUUGGCACUGUCUCCCCUCCCUCUGACAUAGAAGAACACAGUCUGGGAUCUCUAGCUGGAGAUGCUAUUGUAGAGGCAACGCAAGGACUGGAACAAGGUCUGAGUUCUGUUUCAGCUCAGGCUGUCCCUGAGCUCGGGAAACAAGUCCUGAUGGAACCAGAUUUGACAGGUGACAUAGAACAAACUCUCUCACAUGAUGUUACCUCCUGUCAGGGGGCAGAAUGGGUAAGCAACAUCAAAGAAGAACCCGGAAACCCUGCAACUCCCCAAAACUUGCUAGACUCCCAGGACUUCUUCAUCCAGCCUGACUCAGAUCAGAACAGAGAGCUGAGCUUUGAAUUGAGCUAUGAACCAACCAGUCAGUCUUCCUUUGACCCAUACGGGUUUAAACUCAGUCCAGAGCAUUCUAGUCACACCCUCUUAGACCCGGAUGAAGCUGAGCUGAGUCCAGAACCUGCUGAAAACCUGACCUUUGACCCUGAGCCAUUCGCAUCUCAACCAGAUCAACUGGACUUUGAUUCGUAUAGGUUUGACAUCACUUCCUCACAGAUUGCACGGGACUCUGACCCUUACGGCUUUAAGCUCAGCCCUGAGGAAGGGAACCAGGAGGUACUGGAUGUCUGUGGCCAUGAUAACCAGGAGGCAAUGGACCUUUGCACAUAUGACAACAAUGAGCAAGUAGAACCCUCUAACUAUAGCAACCAGGAAGUACUGGAACCUCAUACCCAUGAAAACCAAGAAGUGCUUGAACAUUGUAGCCACAAUAACCAGGAACUGCUGGAUUUGUGUAACAAUGGAAACCAAGAAGUGCUGGAACCUUCUAGCCUUGACAACAGGGAGUUAGUUAGCAAUGAAAACCAGGAACUCCUGGAUCUCUGCAGUCAUGACAACCAGGAGGUGGUGGAAACCUAUAGCAAUAUCACCUUUGAGGGACUACUUGAACCUUGUAACUAUGACAACCAAGAAGUGCUGGAACCUUGUAGCCAUGGCAAUCAGGAACUGCUGGAUUUAUCCCAUCCUGAAAAUCAGGAAGUGCUGGACGUGGACCGUGGCAACCAAGAACUACUGGAUUUUGACAGCAAAGAAAAUCAGGAAGCUCUAGUUUCAGGUGGCCACGACAACCAGGAACUCCUGGAUCUCAGUAGCAAUGAUGAUCAGGAAUUGCUAGGUAGCCAUGACAACCAGGAGGUGCUGGACUUGUUGAGUAAGGAAGUUUUCCCCGAAGCAAAUAAUAACCAAUGCAGUGUGGAACCAGAGCUCAAUGUCAGUCCCACCAAUAACAGCUUAGACAGUGAUGUGGCAUCAGAGGACCUGCUAGGACUUGAACUCAGUAACACCAGUAUCUGCACUACCACCAGUACUGCUGACACCCUCAACAUGGCUGUCAGGAACAUGUCUGCUAACCAGGACUUUGCUACAUCCAAUGCUACCACCAGUCACAACUUGUUAGAAGGCGAUCUGGGUUCAGUGUUCGGGGCUGGCGGAUACAUCGGUUGUCCUGAUGUAGCGGACGACCUAGAGCCUCUUGACAGAAGGCAGGCAAACCCAGUAGCAGAGCCAGUACGACCAGUCAGACCUGUUAGGCCUCCUCGGCCUUCGCUCAGGGCCAAGGAGAAGGCUCAGUCCCAGGGCAUCGACCUCAAGUGAUCACCAACCAACGUGGGUUCACCAUGUCAGCAGGGUUCCCACGACAACAUCAACACAAGCAAUGAAGAGGAUGAGGAGAGAAGUAAGAGGACGGAAGACAGGAGGGAUAGAUCAUUCUUCUUUUCUUUAUGGCAAUAAUUCUAGACAUUUGUAGUUUGGAGGUUUUGAAGGGAACAUUUUAGUCUGAAUGGAAUGAUGAGUUGUAGGCAAGAUGUAAAAACCCACUAGCAUGGGUCCAGCAUACUCCACAAUAUUUAACCAUGACUGGCUCACAGCUUCAGUCUAUUUAGUGAUUUAUAGAAAACGAACAACAUUCUUUGAGGGUGGUCUAAAAGAAAAGAACUGAUUCCCUGAUUCCAGAUGAUGCUUGUCAACUAACCAUAAGGUUGACAUUUUCUGUUAUUUAUUCACAAUAUCAGCUGCCAACACACUCCUGUGUCCUCUGAGUCUCUUAGUUGAGCUUUCUGACAGGGCUAAUUGGUCCACCAUGGAGGUAAUCUCCCCGAUUUUGAUUAUAGCUUAGUGUUGGAACAUGUGUAAGUGGACUUUGUCACACAGAUAAAAUGUGUAUAUAUUACAUACUCUACUAUUGUGGUUUUAAGAUUAUCUAGUCAAUAAGUAGUUUUAGGACUAAAUUGGAUGAGAGCUGUAGAUAGAGUUUGGUCGGGUUGUACAGUGAGUGCAUAUCAGUACCAUCACCAUGGUAACGUGCCCCAGUGUUUUCAGUCAUCAGUUACUUUAAGGUGCUCCAUAAAGAUUGCCUUAACAGCAGGCUGAAAAGCAGUGUGUCACUGCCAUCUCUGGUUUCAAGUUCCAAGCCUGUUUCACCUCUAGCCACAGCAUGACUGAUGGGUGGGGUCAGAAGUUUCCUUCGCUGCACCUGUAUCCAAACCCAACAGUGAUGUCACGAAAUCCCGGAGGUCACCUGCACAUCACUGCCGCAAGGUGAGAUAUUUAACCACUGGGAGUCAGCAUGAGCAAGAUUUUUAGAUCAUAAUCAGUAGCAUUAAACAAAUAGAUCAUCACUUUGUCAAUGUUAAAUGGCCUCUAGACUGCAUUUCACGACACCAGUGUCCCAGUUCCAUACCAUUUACUUAUAUUAAAUCAUAAAAACUAUCCACUAAUGUUAACUGUGCACUAUUUUGGUAGUAAGGAUACAAGUUUGUUAUUAACACAAAAUGAUAGGUGUGGAAGUAUGUGCAGACAGAUAUACUUUGAAAUACUACUGCCAGCUUUAAAAAAGAAAACUAAACAGUGAGCAAAACUUUUGUUUCCAAAGAUUUUUAGUUUAUCUGUUUUCUGAGCUGUCUUUCUUGUCAGAAUUUACAGCUGGGAAAAGCAUUAUGUUUCAUUUUGGGGCAAGAGUGUCCUCCAAAAACACAGGACUCAAAAUAUUAGAAAACCCCUGAAAGAAAUUCAAAAGGGUAACAUUAGUGCUAACUUGAGCGAAUAUAUCAGCUGGUUUAGAAUUUUAAUAAAGUAAAGAUCAGCACAAUAGCAUCAGCUGUUUCCUCUACAUAAAUCAUAUUCAUUAAACUUAGUUCUACUCCAUGUUUUCCCCCUGGUCAUCUACGACCUCCCUGCAGUGCACCGCACAGUGUGCGAACCUGGCUUUAGAAUAGGAGUUGGUCCCCGGGCGCUGCACAGUGGCUGCCCAUCGUCCCCAACACUUAGUGGGUCAAAUGCAGAGAACAAAUUUACCUAUCAUACCUAAAUCAUAGUAUUCACUAUUUUUGGAAAGCCACUGCCAAUUAACCUUUACAAACAAAGCUAGAGAGGUUUUACACUUGGUUUGGUUUUCUGGGUUGUUCUGAAGCUGUUUCACUGCUUUAUCUUUAACUUUUCAGUUGUGAACAGCUCAUUCAUUUCUGCAUGCAUUGUAGGGUAAUCCAUAGCACACUCAAAACUCAAGAUUUAGUAAGCAUACUGACACCUUUGAGUUAUUUAAAUUAUUGUAAACACCCUGCACACUAAAGCUGCUUAGAGUUAGUAUAAAGUAUGGAAUUGGGACACAGCUAGAACCAGGCAGUGGGUAGGAUCUGACAUGAGCAGCGCUUUAUUGCUUUAUUGCUUUACAGCACAAAACAGUACAGAAAUGGGCCAAAAGCUUUCUUACAGGCAGGUACCUAAAGGGAGGUCUGAUAGGCCAGUAAGAAAAUUAUUCCAACAUGUCUAUCCUCAUCAAACCAAAGACAUCAGAGAGGGUAAGUGAGCUCAGACAGAAAUGGGCUUUGUAUAAUCUGCCAACUCAGUUAUGGCUGCUUCUGAAGACUGCAGUGUCCAAACUCUGUCUAUGUAUGGCUCUGGGUUAGGUGAGGAGAGUAGUUAGUCCUGCUGGUUGAAUGGUUUAAGAUAAAACUGCAUGAAGUAAAACAUUUUCCAUCAUUCUUUUGCAAUAACUGGCCAUUUGGGGGCAGCAGAAACAAGUGAACACAAUACUGACAUAUCACUUUUUAAGUUGUCCAGCAGGUAGUUUCCAACUGUGUCUGUCCUCGGUUUGCUGUUGAGCAGGUAGUUUUUCUCUGAGAAUCGCUGCUCCCUGUGACCGAAAACGAGGCUCUGAAAGCAGUGUGAGUGAAGUUGUGGCUGGACAGCUAAACAAUGAGCUUAAUCUCACUCUAAAGCCCUGUAAAGCCAAGGGCAGCUGCAGAUUCAGGUGAUAAUAAUCUGUUAUGCACUGAUUCUGCUUGCUGUAGGAACAGAACAGCAACCGUUAGCCGAUAAAUUGUCAACUAUUAAAUUAACUGCCAACUAUUUUGAUAAUUGAUU